AUGGAGGAUCAUGCCAACAUCACUCUUCCACACAAUUUGAUACGAAAGGCAUUUUAUCAUUUCUCUGCUCUGAGGGAGUACUCCUAUGACUAUUCAUGUGUUCGAUGUGGCCACAGCCCUCCAGUUUUGGUUGCAGAUGGAAACUGGAAAAUUGCAUUUGAUUUACCUGCACAUCUGUUUAAACGGCCAAAUUUGGACAAAAUCUGCCAAGAGGAUACUCAAGUCAAUGUGAGAACAAGAUGGGAGACACUUGAGAAGGAAAUGACUGCUUCUGGGUUCUGUGAUGGCAACACAUUUGCCAAUCCUUAUUCACAUCCCUUGACAUACACUGCCUUUACUCCAUGGCUGGGUAACUGCUCUAGGGUAAGCGAUAUUGUUCCAAAGACAGAAGUGUACAAAGGUCUGUCUCAGAAAGAUCGUGCUUUCACCUCUAGCUGUGGCUUGGAGAUAGAUGAAGAAGCCAUUUUGCAAGUGCUGGAGUCCAAAACUCCAAAGAAAGAAGCCUUGGUGAAAGCCUGCAAUGCCCUGGGAGUAUCACACGUGGGUAGUACCACUGACUUAAUUAACAGACUUGAGGAGCUACUCCUGUACAAGGAUUUGUACCCCAAAAUGUUUGUUAAGCUUCAAAAGGCUGGUGGUGGUGUUUUGCACAUGACCUGCCCACACUCUGUGGUGUACUACCAGUCAGCACUGUGGUGGCAAGAGUCAGCCCGUGAUCAUGGAGAUGCUCUUUUGAGCUUUAAACACCCUCCCACAGUGUAUGUGUCCGACAUUGCUGGACGUGUUGCAAGACACGUUAAUAAUCGCACCAACCAACGUUUUUUCCAGCCAUAUGAUGGACGACUUUGUGAAAACACUGCUGCACACAUCCAGGCAGCAGCGGAAAAACGACUUGAAGUCCGGUUCCCAUGGGUGACAAGUGUUGGCUUCUCAUCAAGAAAAGUCUCUGAAAAUGAGGCCACCUAUUCUUCUGACACUUUGUCCUCACUGCAUCCUGUGACAGGAACCAAUGCAAGAUUCUCUUUGUAUGAUCGGUUCCAUCAAAAAAAUCAAAGCAGACAAGAGGAGGUUUUGAGAAGUUUGAAAUUGGCACCACACUUAGCUUCUCUUGUUAAUUCCUCCGUAGCUGAACAGCUAAACCGGGAGUUGUCUUCCAGCAGAUAUUCUUUGUGUCAAAUGAGGGAUGAACAUUAUAUGUUCUCCCUACGACUGUACUUUCAUCUUCACAACAAAAGAGUUAAUGAAAAAUACACAAAAACUUUGAAGAUGCAGGCAAAGCAUUCAAUCCACAUUGGCCUACAUGGGAAAUUGACAUUCAGGAAUGAAGGUAGUACCACAGAACUUCAAGAAGUUCCACCAAGUUCACCAGAGCCUGACACAGAUUGCUGGGGACGGACAAACAUACGUGCCAGGAAGGAAACCUCAGAUUUCCAGUUGCAAAACCACCCAAACCCACUGUUUGAUCAUGUUUUGGAUGGGACCCAAUCACCAGAUGAAAUCAUAGGUGCCGUGGGUAAAACAGUGUUGAAAAGAUCUGACUUGAUGUCUUUAGGAUUGAACCAGGAAGUGGAGGCAACAGUGAUGAACUGUUGCCUUUCUCAGUUAUCCCACAUUGCUGGAGAGAAGGGCAAGGAUGUUCAUGUUCUUGAUUCAUAUGUGGUGGCCACUUGGCAACCACCUUUGAAUUGUGAUCCAUUUCUGUCCCUGCCGGGUGUUCCAGCACAGUUAGGAUCUGUGGACUGUGGAGUAUUCAUGCUAAUGUAUGCACUGUACAAGGUGUUUAACUGGGAGUUUGACUUCACCCAGAAUGAUAUGGCCCAUAUCAGGCGGUGGUGGGUGAAUCUGCUAUUGUCAAAAAUGACAAAUGGAAGAAAGAAGCGCACAUCAGCCAUGUCGAUCAGUGAGGAGGCAGGACAAGUACAGAACAUCGAAAUCUUGAUGUUGCCAGACGCUGUCCUGUCUGAAAUUCUUCUUCACGUGGUCCUUGAGGAGGGUGAUUCCGGUUUGUUAAAUCUGUCUUUAGUUUGUUCUAAAUUCAGAAGUCUGGUGGAUACAGACUCGUUUAGGAGGAGGGCACACUUCUGCUGGCUUGACAGUGUAACAAAUUGGAGAGAGAAGACAUGUCAAGAAUAUUAUCAGAUGUACACACUGCAGCCCUGCAGACACUGCAAUGACAUUUACAAGAACUGCUUACCAGGUUAUGUUGGAAGAGGAAAACGAGGAGAAAUGCAAGGUUUUUACUCGGAAAACACCCAUCCAGGGUUUUGCAGUGAUUGGUGUCAGCUGCUGGAGAGUGCAAAUUCGUUCACUCUACCAGUUCCAGUCUAAAAGCCUACUUAAUCA